AUGACGAGAGGUUCACCAGAAGAGCAAGCUACAGGGCGAGCACAAGGGAAAGCCCGAGCUGACCCAGUUCAACCUCGUCCUCCACCAGCUUGGACGACACUAGACUCACCCAAUACAAGAGAUAUUGGUGCCGUAGAGCCUCCUAUGCAACAGCAACCCCCUGCCAAAGAAAUGGGAUUUGAUCCGCAAUACCCAGCACCGGCACCAGGGGUACCCACAAGCUUCUUCACUACGCCUCCAUCCGAUCAAAUUGAUGCAGACCCACGCCCUCGAGAACAAUUACCACCUAUACCAAGGGACCUCCUCUUCCCACAUCCAAAUCGACCCUCGGUCGAUUAUACUGGUACCAGGCUCCCGCCGUUGCUACCAGAGAAUUUAAAACGAGCUGAAAGACUUGCCGCCGCCGCCGCUGCUGAAAGGAGGAGAGAUACAGACGGCAAGCUCCCGACAAUGGAGAUUAUGCAUAAUAUGCGUGUGGUGGGACCCACUGGAAGUAUGGAUGCGAGGAUUGAAGAUGCUUAUCGGAGUUGGGGGAGUUCGUUGGCUCAGGAUAGACCUAGAAACCCACCUCGUCCAGAUGCUGGCAGUCGUCCAGGGCCUCGCGAACCAAGCUCUUAA